AUGAGGCGUCCGGGAUCGGUGACUCGGAUCCUCCGCAGCCCCGCGCUCCCCAAAUGUAAAAGUCAGGAGGAUGCAGGUUCCUGGGAAGAUGCUCAUUCCCAGGAAGAUGUUGGUCUCCAGGAGGAUGCUCAUUCCCAGGAGGAUGUUGGUCCCCAGGAAGAUGCUCAUUCCCAAGUGGAUGCUGGUCCCCAGGAGGACACAGGUUCCCAGGAGGGUCUUCAUUCCCAGGAGGAUGCUCAUUCCCAGGAAGAUGCUCAUUCCCAGGAGGAUGCUGGUCUCCAGGAGGACACAGAUUCCCAGAAGGGUCUUCAUUCCCAGGAGGAUGCUGGUCCCCAGGAGGACACAGAGGAACUGGAGCCCCCGAGCGCCGCCGCCCCCCAGGACCUGAGGGAGGGGCAGAGCUCCAGCCUGGAGUGCUCCACGCCCUUCGCCUGCCCCUGGGGGGACACCGUCCUGCGCUGGGAGGGACACGACCCCCGCGCCGCCACCCUGUCCGGGCGGCUGCAGCUGGACACCAGCGGGGUGGGCCAGCAGCUGACCCUCAGCACCUCCUUCUCCUGGAGGGACCACGGCAAGAAGCUGCUCUGCGAGGUCUCCCACGGCUCCGGGAAGGCGAGAACAGAGGUCGUGCUGCGGGUGAGACACGCCCCCAAGGACGUCCAGGUGCGGGUCAGUCCCUCCUCGGGGAACAUCCACGUGGGUGCCACGGUGUCCCUGAGCUGCCAGGUGGGCAGCAGCCACCCCCCCGUCUCGGGGUACCUCUGGUACAAGGACGGGGCCGCUGUGGGCAGCGAGAGGGUGCUGACCCUGCGGGGGGUGCGGCGGGAGGACCACGGGCGGUACCACUGCGAGGCCCUGAACGCCCUCGGGGCUGGCACAGCGCCCACCACCACCCUCCACGUGUUCUCCGCAGAGGUCUCGGCGAGCCCCGCGGCCGAGGUGCGGGAGGGGACGGCCACCACCCUGUCCUGCGACGUGCCGGGCCGGGAGGGGCAGGACCUCAACUACACGUGGUACAGGAACGGCGCGUGGCUGCAGGAGGGCACUGCCCACACCCUCCUCUUCCCCGCGGUGGCCGCGGGCGACGCCGGCUACUACUCGUGCCGGGUGGCAAACGGGCAGGGCAGCGACACGGCCCAGCCGCUCAGCCUCAGCGUGACCUAUCCCCCCCGGACCCCCACCCUGACGCUGUUCCAGGAGACCCAGGGGGGCCGCCUGGCCAUCGUCCGCUGUGCCGUGGACAGUCACCCUCCGGCCACCCUGGCCAUCGACCGCGACGGCACCGUGCUGGCCACCAGCGGGGCGCAGGUGGCCCCGCCCCAGAGGUUCGGGGUCGCCGCCUCCCGCAACGCCCUGCGGCUGGAAAUCCGGGAUGCGGGGCCCCGGGACAGCGGGAGGUACCGCUGCACCGCCAGCAACGCCCACGGCAGCGCCAGCGCCGCCAAGGACCUGCUCACCCGCGCCGCGGAGCUCCUGGUCCAGCCCUCGGCGGAGGUGCCGGAGGGGACGGCGGUCACCCUGACCUGCGUGGGGACGGGGGAGGCGGCGGGGGAGCCCCUCUACACGUGGUACCGCAACGGGCAGAGGCUGCGGGAGGGCCCGGCCCCGACCCUGCGCUUCCCCUCCGUGCGCGGGGACGACGCGGGCGCCUUCCAGUGCCGGGUGCGGGGCAGCAACGGCAGCGACAGCGGCGCCUCGGGGACCGUCCCGCUCCGGGUGCUCUACCCCCCGAGGCCGCCGGUGCUGAGCUCGUUCCUGCAGAGCCCGGGCGGGCGCCUGGGGAUCCUCCAGUGCUCCGUGCAGAGCGACCCCGAGUCCAACCUGACCCUGCGCAGGGGGGACGAGAUGGUGGCCUGCACGGGGGGCUGCCCCCCGGCCCCCCGCGUCCGUGUGACCCCCUCCUACAACAGCCUGAGGGUGGAGAUCCAGGACGUGGUGCUGGAGGACGAGGGCACCUACGUGUGCCAGGCUGGGAACGCGCGGGGCAGCGCCAGUGCCGCCGUGGAGUUCAGGGCUGACACCACCACCGUCACCGUGUCCCCCUCAUCCCGUGUGCUGGAGGGCGACAGUGCCAACCUCACCUGCCACCUGAGCAGCGACUCCCCGGCCGUGCCCAACGUCACCUGGUACCACAACGGGCAGUGGGUGGCCGAGGGCAGCACGCUGGUGCUGGGGAGCGUGUCCAGCGCCCACUCGGGGCUGUACCGGUGCCAGGCCAGCACUGGCAGCGGCACCAGGAGCUCCCCGGACGUGCUCCUGGAUGUGCUGUUCCCCCCCCGUGAUCCGCUCCUCCGGGCGUUCCUGGACUCGGAGCGGGGCCGCCUGGCCGUGCUGGAGUGCUCGGUGGGCAGCAACCCUCCCUCCCGGCUGGCGCUGCUGCGGGGCCCGGAGCCGGUGGCCACGGGCUCGGGGGGGAGCAGCCCCCGGGUGCGCGUCAGGGCCGCCCCCAACUCCCUGCGCGUGGAGAUCCCAGAGGUGACGCCGGCGGACGACGGGACCUACCGGUGCUCGGCCACCAACUCCCUCGGCACCGCAGAGACAGCGCUGUACCUGCGAGUGCAGGCCGCCCGUGUCCUGGUGUCACCGUCCUCGGAGGUGCUGGAAGGAGACAACGUGUCCCUGACGUGCCAGGUGCCUGGAGAGCCGCCGGGUGACACCAUCUACACCUGGUACAGGGACAGUGAGCGGCUCCAGGAGAGCCCCGACAGCGUCCUGGAGCUGCCCCGUGUCACCAGCGCUGCCACCGGCUCCUACCACUGCCGGGCCCGCGGCCCCACGGGGACCAGCGUGUCCCCCGCUGUCACCCUGAGCGUGGCCU